CUGUCAAAACAUAUAUCGCUUCAGGAUGCUGAAGGAUGAUGCAACCUUCAAAGAACUGUAUGUACACUUGGUGAAGGACGGAGAACGGACGACGGAAGGGCCUGAAGUCCGGACAUAGACUCCGCAGCUGCCUGUUCUCCAUUCCAACUGGUCCAGGCGCAUUUGUCUUUCUGGCCGGGCCCCAUAUAAGAAGGCAGCCCAUUGUGCUUUCCUCCCCUCUCCUUUUUUCAGCCAAACUGCUCGCCGGCCAACUUCGCUGCUUCACCUGCUGCUUCAGCCGAACGUUGUCCAGCGUCUGGUGAUAUACGCGAAGAGUGGUCUGUAAUCGCCAACCGAGUUGUCACCUCCGGAAGGAAAGACCCUAGCUCCGCCAUGUCGUCGAGAGGGGAGACUGAACAGCUCAACGAGCAACCAACCUACUCCGUCGUCGACCACUCGCACAAGGAUGUCAUACACCGUCCGUUCUUCUCCUAUAUCACGUUUUCGUGGAUAACCCCACUUCUGAAGAAAGGAAGUCGCGCACCAUUGCAGGAGGAGGACCUUCCGGAUUUGUCAGAAAAGGACUCCGCCCAUCAGACUGCAAAGCCAGUCUUGGAAGACUUUUGGGCACAAUACAAGACAUACAAGAGCACUGAGGGUUCUCACGCUCCGAGCUUCACCUCGGCCCUUGUGCGACACUUCUUGUUCAGAUACAUCGUAUCGCUCGUCCUCGCCGGAAUCGCCGUAGCAAGCGCCAUCAUCCAGCCGCUGCUAAUCUCCGAUGUCGUCAAUCUACUCGAUCCUACGGCCGACCACUCGAGUCCCAUCAUCAAGACUGUAUGGGGCUAUGGGCUACUUUACUUUGCCUUGUCGGUUGGAACAGCCUUUGCUGCCUACAAUAAGGAAGCUAUGUAUUUGGACUUCAACGUGGAGCUUCGCGCGAUCGUCAUUGGAGCGGUUUAUUCUAAGGCUCUGAAGCUGUCGGCAAAGUCCCAACAGGAGUACGGUCCCGGAACUGUUAACAGCCUAAUCAGUACCGACGUUCUCAUGAUCAGCAAAUUUCCGAAAAUGUUAGCCGCAUCCAUCACCUGCGUGGCACAGAUUGUCCUUGCGCUCUAUCUACUCGCCCGGUUACUCGGAGUGACGACGAUCCUCACAGCAGGCUUGUUUGUCCUACUGACAGUGCUCACCCUCCAAUUCAUCCGCGAAUUUGUCAAAUGUCAAGGACAAUAUAUGAAGCAUCUGGACAAGCGCACAAAACUCCUCAGAGAACUGAUUUACGGAAUGAAGAGUCUGAAACUCGAAGCGGCGGAGAAGCACGAGGCCGCACGAAUCGAAGAGCCGCGGAAUGAGCAGUUGAAACUGCUGAAGACGAUGACGAUGUGGUUCCUUGGAGUGAUAUUCGCUAUCAUCAUCCAACAAGACUUCCUUCCGUACGUCACGAUCAUAGGAUACACCCAAUUCGGUGGUUCUAUCAACGCCAGCACGGUGUUUCCCAUCCUUGGGCUAAUCGCCGCGCUAGGGGAACCCUCGGGUAUGCUGGGAGGUGCCGUCAUGGGCACACUGCAAGCCUUCCCUUCACUCAAGCGAGUUUCAAAGUUUCUUCUUGCCGAGGAGAUCCUCCCUCAUGACGUUCCGGAAAGGCUCGCUCUUGAUGCCAAAACCGCUGACCUUCCCGCGAUUACUAUCGACCGCGCCAGCUUCUCCUGGGAAACCACCCCUGAUGCCAAGGACCUUAAGGAAACGUCCAAAGGAUCAACCAAAGCAAACAAAGCGGGAGGAAAGAAGGGUGCUGACAAGAAGGGCGCCGAGAUGCAAGAACGGGAGAAGGAGACCACAUCGGUCAACACCGUCGUUGUAGAGGCGGAGCAGGAGGCCAAAGGCGAGACAGCUGGCAGUGACAAGCCGAAGGAAGCCUUCAAAUUAUCUGACAUCACGCUCGAGAUCCCACGUGGGGCGCUGGUUGCUAUCGUGGGACCUGUAGGCAGCGGGAAAUCAUCGUUGCUCUCUGCGAUGGUUGGGUCCAUGCGCAAGGUGGGCUCCGGGUCUGCGACGCUCGUCGGUUCGAUCGGUUAUUGCGCGCAGGACCCCUGGGUAGUAUCGGGCACUUUGGAAGAGAACAUUCGAGGGUUCUCCGCCGAUUUGAGCCACGCCGACGUCUCCAAAGCGGUCGAAGCCGCUUGUUUGACUCGCGACAUAGAGGCCUUUCCACAUGGACUCGGAACCCGGGUCGGCGAGAAGGGCAUAUCUCUGUCAGGCGGGCAGAAAGCGCGAACGCAGCUAUGCCGCGCCAUUGCGUCGAACGCCGACAUAUUCUUGCUCGACGACCCACUUGCGGCGCUGGACGCUCAAGUCGGGAAAACCAUCUUCGACAAAACGAUCCUUGGUUCCAUGAAAGGCAAAACAGUCGUGCUCGUGACACAUCAGCUGCAUUUGAUAUCAAAGGCUGAUAUGGUUGUCGUCCUCAACGGUGGUAAGGUGGCUGAGUCGGGUACCUUCACCGAGUUGAUGAACUUGCCAGAAGGUGUGCUGGCGAACAUGAUGAAGAACUACGCGGUCGAGGGAAGGGAAGAUGAAGUCGUGCAAGACGAACCGGAUAAGGAAAAGGACGGUGGGGACCUGGAAGAGAUUGAACAGGCCUUGAAGAAGUUUGAGGAGCAGAAACUGAUUGCCGAAGACAGGCAGCAGGGCAUUGUUUCCGGCGCCGUGAUUUGGCGCUAUUUCAAGAAUGGCGGCCUCCUUCUCGCCCUGUUCCCGUUACUAUGGCUUCCCUUCGCCGUGUUCUUGGCGGCGUUUGGCAACAUUAUCAUGGUCAUCUGGUCCGACAACUCGUGGGGCUGGUCGGAUUCUCAGUACUUCCAACUGUACUGGAUCGUCGGAACUGUCAAACUGGCUUCUAAUCUGAUGAGUGUUACGUGCUGGUAUGUUUUGAACUACCGCGCCUCGAAGGCAUAUCAUCACAAUGCCUUGACGGCGUUAGUGCGCGCUCCGUUGGGAUGGUUCGAUGGUCAACCGGCGGGAAGGAUCAUCAAUCGCAUGACGGUCGACGUCUUGCAAAUGGACCUGACCCUCUCACAAGAUCUUGUGAAUUUGUUUGACUGCGGUAUUAUGUUUUUCUCGGCGGUCGUCAUGGUUGCGUAUGGAACGCCAUACAUCCUGAUCGCUUUCGCCAUCCUGUCGAUACCUUCCGUCUGGGCUUUCCGCUUUUUUCAAGGGUCGUACCGCGAACUCAAGCGUCUCUCCUCCAUUCUCAAGUCCCCACUCUCCGCGCAUUGUUCCGAGACGUUUUACGGUAUACCAUCGAUCAAGGCGUAUCGUUGGGAAGCGAGCUUCGUCGCCCGACAGGAACACACCACCGACCUCGCGAGCAAAGCGCUGCUACUGAUGGACUCGGCGAAGCUGUGGAUCAGUCUGCGGAUGGCGCUGUUCACUUCGAUCAUUGUGCUGACUGGAUUGAUUCUCGCCGAAGUUGGGGUGGUGGAAGGAAGCGCGGCGGGCCUGAUGUUGGUGGGGUUGAUCAACCUGGCCUCUCUGUUAAACAUUGUGUUGUUGAUGAUAUCCAUGACGGAGGCCUCAUUCAACGCUGUCGAGCGGAUGGACUACUACGCAGGCAAAUUACCUAUGGAAAGGCAGGUCGGCACGGUGAAAGUCUCCGACGCAUGGCCGCAAUCUGGAGCCAUCGACAUCAAGGAUCUCGAGAUCCGCUACGAUUCGACGGCGGCGCCUGUGUUGCAGGACCUGUCUGUCUCCAUCCGCGCCGGCGAAAAGGUGGCCGUUUGCGGGAGGAGCGGGGCCGGCAAAUCGACGCUUAUGCUCGCCCUGUUCCGCAUUGUCGAGGCCUACAAAGGCUCCAUCCACGUUGACGGUCAAGACAUCUCCGAGCUCGAUCUAGACACCCUUCGCGAACGUCUGCAGAUCAUUCCGCAAGAGCCGAUCCUCUUCUCAGGCACCUUCCGUUCCAACAUCGAUCGUAGGGGCAAGCGCACCGAUCAGGAGAUUUGGAAGGCGUUGGAGAUGGCGGGUAUGAAGGAGUACAUCUCCGGCCUGCCCAGUCAGCUCGACGCGGAAGUCACCGAGGGCGGCGCAAAUCUGUCUUCUGGACAAAGACAGUUAAUCGUGCUCUCGAAAGCCAUCCUAUCAAACGCCAAGAUCAUCAUCAUGGACGAGGCCACAGCGAGCGUCGACCACGAAGCCGACGAGCGGAUUCAGGAAAUGGUUUCGUCCCAUUUCAAGCAUUGCACGGUAGUCAGCAUCGCACAUCGUCUGAACACAAUCGCUGGUUUCGACAAGGUGCUUGUCUUGAAAGACGGUCGUUUCGUCGAGUUUGAUACCCCGCACGUCCUGUUGGCCAACCCGGAGUCGUUGUUUGCGGAUCUGGUCGAGGCAACGGGGCAGGCCAACGCUGCGUUGAUUCGUGACAUUGCUGCCCGGCAUGAGGCUGAGAAGAAUGUCACCGAGGUGUAGACUUCCUCACCGCGGCCCCCACACCAGGUCUAUGUACCUGAGCUCGUUUUUGCGCACCUUCCGCGCAUAGCAAGAAAGACCCUAUUCGAACCACGACUUUGCGUCCAUGUGCCUUCGAUAUCCAGCGUAGCGUCUAUGUAAUUCGUUCAUCUCCUUGGAACUCUUGUCCCCUUGUCUGACGCUGAACUCUCUACCAACAUUGGACUUUUGUCGUUUUUUUGUACCAUAAUCGAAGAGAUCGAGUGAACAUCCUAGUUCAGCCUCGAUCAAGUCUGACGGCGUAGUAAUGUGAUACACUAAGACAAAAGAACCCUCUGG